AAUGGCAGCCUUGCAUUACAUCUGGCAGGGGCCUCCAAGCAUUCAUGGAUCGCCAUCGGCACUGGAACAGAAAUGCAAGACUCGAUGAUGUUCAUUGUCUACGGCGAUAAGUCAAAACAUGGUGCCACCCUCAGUACACGAUACAGCACUGGAGAGAACGAGCCAAAAUACAUGAGCAACAUGAACCCAACAGCAAACGCCAGCCACCAAGAUGGCUUCUUCGUUGUGGAUGCACACUAUCAGAAUAGUUCGUCCUGGAUGCACAAUCACAUUGACAUGAGCUCGAGCAAGCAACCUUUCAUCUUCGCUCUUGGCCCGAAACUUUCCCGCUCAAAUGGAGGUUCGCCAUCAGCCACGAUACAGAGACAUGUCGUCUACGGACGCUUCACCAUGGACAUGACAAAGGCAGUAUCAGAUUCUGCACCUACACCCAAUGGCGAGGAUGGCGCAUGGGUCCGCAGUGAUGCGUCUGAAGCUUAUGGCGUCUCGAGCGAUUAUGACGUUGGAAGUGCUAUACAUGCUGUUGUCAUGUGUCUUGCCUUCGUUAUUGUGUUCCCUCUCGGAGCACUGCUUUUGCGCUUUGUCAGUGUCAGAGUUCACUACAUGGUUCAGCUGGCAGCAACCAUCCUUGUCAUCGUGGGCUUGGGAACUGGCAUCUACAUCUCGAUGGAAUACAACAGGACGAAGAACUAUAACACCGCUCAUCAGAUCAUUGGUCUGAUUGUGUUCGCUGGCGUGGCUAUCCAGUUGAUCCUUGGUACUGUGCACCACGUCAUCUUCAAACGCACACGCAGAUCGACCAAACUCGGCAAGAUCCAUUUGUACCUGGGUCCAGCGAUCUUAGUUCUGGGCAUCAUCAACGCGCCCCUAGGUACUGUCGUGGGCCAGCGAUCGCAGUACAAUAUUCCCUAUGCUGUUGUGGUUGCUGUACUUGCAGUCCUGUUCUUCGCAGCAAGGUUCUACAUCUGG